UUGAACCGUGAUAGUGGCAACGGGUUCGUCACAAACUUCGUGCUUCCAAAAAUAUUAGGUAUAUUAUUAUCUUCACGUCGAACAAUCCGGCCUACACGCCGUCCGGUGGAGCUGCUCGAUUCGGACCCGUUUUGUGCGUAGCAAAUCUGGCCUCGUCGCAAAAAUCAGGCACUUUCGGUCGCCCGUCGUAGAAUUUUCAAAGGGCCGAAGCAACACGGGUUCGUCUGGCAGCACCUCGCAGGCGCCUUUUCGACCCGUGGUGGUAAAAUUGGUCGUCCGUUCCGCGGACCUUAAGAGACAUGUCGGCCCAGUGCACGAAGACGGCGUGGCUGUCGUCGAAACUCAAACAAUUCGCGCUGGACGAGGAGAUCUACUUGAACUACAUCGAAAGCGUGUUGGACGGCGAAGAAGAUCGAUCCGAAAAAAUCAGCGCACUGGAGGCGAUUCUCGGAGAAGUGUUGAGCGAGAACGAAGUGAAAACCCAAUGCAUGGAAAUAAUUGACAUGUAUGACACACAAGACGACAGUGGCAAUAAUGAAAUCAAAAUACCCAUAGAAGACACCGAAGAAACUUUGGUUAAAAUGCUAGAAACAAAUAUAAGGACUGUUGUGACAGUUCCCAUUAAACUAAAUUCAGACGAGGAAGAUUCUGAUUUAGUUAAAAUUAGAAAAAAUAUUUUAAGUCAAUAUGCACAGAAAGAAGCAAAUUCAGAGGAAGAAGAAUGUGAUGAUUUAGACAUAGAACAUAAUACCAAUGCUAGUUCUGUAUUAGCUUUAAAAAAAGAACAGAGGGAAAGAGCUAAAGAACAGAGUUUACGUAAAAAAGAAAAAGAUAAAGAAGACAGAGAAAAACAAAAGCAAUUGGUACAAGAAAAAAAAGAUGCUAAGAAGAAAAAAGCUCAAAAAGUCGAGAGAAAGCGUUGAAUUAUUACAGUAACAAGAAUUCUCCGCAGUUUUACAAUACGUGUUUUUCCUUCUUAUGUAAUUAGAAUUUAGUUGGCAUCCAAUGUCGACAACAAUUGUAUUGCCUUCACAUUUUAAGUACUAUGUUUGAUUACUUAAAACAAAGUUGAUAUUAUACAUUUUGUAUAACAGCUGUUUUUUUUAAAACCAUGAGCGCCCAACUUAUAGAGCUUUAUAUUAAUAUAAUUAUAAUUAUAAUAUAAGUUACUUAAGAGUUUAUUGUAUUUCUGUGGUAAUUAAUGUUAAAUUGUACUAACAUAUGUAUUAAAUAUUAAUAAAUAAUAAUUAUUAAAAUUA